AUGACCAAGCUCAUUCUUCUGGUCCUCAUGCUACUCUGUGCCGUCUGCCUCAGUCAAGUUCCUCACACAAGGCAGACUUCAUUAAAUACAUUGGAUUACGUUGUAGUAUAG